AAGCUCCUCACAAGCUCCAUCGCCAUGUUUCGAGGAGGCCGUUUGGGAGGUAUCCAAGGGGCUGCAGGUGCAGCUUUCCACGCACAACGACAAGAAUUUGAUGAAAUUCUGAAGACCACCUCCAGCCUGAAGAGGGUGAAGACUGCCAGUUCUUCCAUGUUAACCACGGUGGCCAACAGUCCCAAGUGGAUCAAAUUGGAUGGCAUCCAUCAGCGUUAUGUUCGAAGGGCCAAGUUGGAAGGCGUGGCCUGGAUUCUUUCGACCAAGGGUAGUGUCUUCAUUGGCAUAGCCAUCGCCGUUCAGUCCUUUGUGCUGGGACUAGAAUUGCAAUUCGAGCUAGAAGCUGAUGCCACUCUUCGACAGCAGGGUGGUCCUGCCUUUUACACCCUGCUUGUUGUGGAUUGUAUUUUGCUGGUGGUCUUUACCCUGGAGUAUGUUCUUAGAAGCAGGGUGCUGAAAUGGAAAUACAUGUGUUCAUCCAUGGGACUACUGGAUUUGAUUUUGGUGCUCAGUGCUGGAGGAUACAUCGUUGUGGUGCAACUCUCCAGUCUGCAGAUCAAUGGAACGCUGCGGGGAGUCGUUCGAGCCAUCCGUUUGCUUCGAAUCCUGCGGGUAGUGCAUUUGCUCCAGAUCAUGCCUGCACUGGCCUUGCUGGUGAAGGGCUUGGUAAGUACCAUUAUUACCAUUAUGGAUGCCAUGAUCCUGCUUGCAAUACUUUCGUACAUAGGUGCUCUGAUCUGCUCAGAGGUCUUGGGACGAAAACACGCCUCCAAUUCCGAGCUGAAGAGCUUCUUCAGUUCAGUGCCCUUAAGUUUUUUGACCCAUAUCCAGUUGGUCUUAGUGGAAGGUUGGCCAGCCAUCAGUGGCCCCAUGUUGACGGAUUCCAAAUUUUGGGCCGCCUAUCUGGUGAUUUUCAUUUGUUUGUCGAACUUUGCCCUGCUGAAUUUGGUCACUGGGGUGGUCUGCGAACGCGUCAUGGAGCUGGCCCGCCAGCUUCCUCCAGCCACUGCGGAGGAGAAACAGUUCGAGUUUGAUCUGUUGAAACAGCAGAUGGCAGAGAUCUAUGAUGCGACCCCCAAACGAUUUCCUGAUCAUCUGAACCAACAUGAGUAUAGCAGACUCUUCAAGUCGAUUCUUGCAAGUGAGUUGCUGGAUGAGCUCAAGGUGACCCUGCCGACACACAGUGAUUUGCUGAGAUGUUUGAUAGAUGAAGAUGACAACGGCAAAGUGACAUGCGCCGAAUUGCAAGAAGGUUUGAUGAGACUUCGAGGCAAUCGAUUUGAUGAUGUUUCCAGGGCGAUGCAGUGUACUGUCAGGAAAUGCACGCAUCGGUGCAUCCGAUCUUUGGACGAAGCAGAGGUCGAUGUGACGAAAGCACUCACAGAGGCGAUGCAGGAGCAAGGAGCUGUUCUUCAUGGGAAAAUCGACCAAAUCGACUCCGAUCUCUUGUCGCACAUUCAGGUAGAAGCAGCAAGGCUGCGGAAAGAGAAAGUGAAGAAACAACAUAAAAAUCUGCUGGAAACGACUUGUGCCAUGAAGUCCUUGAAAUAUGCCAUUUCAGCUCUGCAGAAAGAGUGCAAACAUGCUAUUGUCCCUGAGUGUGGAGCUCUGACAAAUUACAAAGGCCGAAAUGGUCGGAAAGCAACAAACAGAGAAGCACAGACGGAAGAAAUGCAGGAUUCUCCUGGGGAAAGUACUCUUAAAGAACUGGUCGGUGCAGAAGACAAGAUGUUCUCUGCGGAUGACCCACCAGGAAGAAGCCGAAGCUUGUCGCCAAAACUGGUUCGAUAGGUUGCAAAAGUCAGAGCUCCAGAUUAUCUGAGAAGCUCGAUGAAGCGAUCACAGGUUGGCUGAGGUUGCUCGUUGAUGUGACAUUUCGACCAUGAAUAUGGUUGAUUUUCCAUUGUCGCAUUGCCAGACAUGUUGAAAA